AGAUUUCAUCAUUGAAUGUUGACAGAAGCCUUCUGCCAGAAGAGCAGUUCCAGUGCUAUAUCUGCCUGAAUGUGUUCACUGAUCCAGUUACCAGUCCUUAUGGCCACACCUUCUGCAAAGCCUGUAUUGGUGGACACUGAGAUGACAGUCACAGAAUGAAGAGAAUGAAGGGGACCAUAACAGUUUUCCUUAGGUUGGGUUUAUUUCAAUCCUGCCCAUAGCUGGGAGCACAGCUGCACCCGACCUGAUCAUAAUGAUCAAAAUAAAUAAAUACCAAUACAUCAAAUGUCAAUUACUUAAAAACCCCAAACCAUCUAUAAGUUGUAGAAAUGCAUAUACAAAUGUUGAAAGCAUUUGAGACAACAAAAAGAUAUUAAAAUAUUGUCCCAUUUACAUUGUGUAAUUUAUUGUCCGUUUCUAACUAGCCCCAGAGACAGGCUAUCCAAAGUCAAACCAACUUUGCCACUGGUUGCACAGCGGCCAGCUGAAACGAAAAAAGUUGGCUAGCUUGCUAGCUAGUCUAGACUACUUCCAGAUACAAAACAUGGUUAGACUUGUUCAAGUUAUUUAGAAGGAUGAGUGACUGUAACUGUGUAGUGUAUUGGUAGAGUUCAAGUACAAGUGCUUCCCACAUCGAAGAAUGCCUCCAAGACACAAAUCUCGUUCUCAGUCGCAUUUCCUAAUGAGAAUUGAAACCAAUGAUAAAGCAAGCAAUUCGGCCCUCCUUUAACAGUUGUCUUCGUGCAAUAUUUACAUGCAUUUCCCACAGGCUGCGCAUAGGUUCACGAAGGCAGAGGCGCAGAAGCUUAUCCAGGAAAGACACGAAUAAAGUAAACCAAAAUAUCCCAGACCGUGUCUGACAACCCAAAAAGGUUUGGCUACAACUCAGCGCUCUUGGGAGAGAAGGGCUUCCACUCUAGACGCCGUUGCUGGGAGGUGGGAAGUUGGAGUUUCCAAGAAGAGUUGGAGUUUCCAAAAAGACUGUCAACAGGAAGAAGGCGGUCAAAAAGACUUACGCUUCGAACACACCGACUGGGUUUUGCGUUUCGAUACACCAGAAGUACAUUAAUUUCCAAUGGAACCAGUUGCAGUGCGUUCAGUGUCAAAUUGUAUGCGUAGACUUGACAGAAAGUAGAAAAAUAUGAAUGUUGAUUUUUUUUUGCACACAUGUAGUAAAAAUGUGGGAUUACAUAAAAGUUUGAUUGCAUAAUUUCUUUACAUUUUUUAUUCAUUUAUUUGCCAAGUAUAUUAUUUAUUCGAUGACAUCCACAAAUUAAUUGUGAGAGCCUAUAAUAUAAUUUCCCUCCAAAAUGCAGUUUUGGAGCGAAAUGCAAUAAUAAAUCGUCAAUAUAGCAGAGUAGGCUCUUUCAACAAUGAGACCAACGUUGAGGAAGGUGGUCUUGAUCGCGCUGUUGGGCCGAGACCAGCCCCACCGAAAGCGCAGGUCUGUGUGGGUCCAAAGAUGGUUAAAGUCCCGAAAGCAGGCAGGGGAGUUCCACCGUCUAAUUCAAGAGCUUCGACUGUUUGGAGAGUAAUUCCGAAGUUACUUUCGUCUGGACCGAAGCCAAUUCGAUCACCUGCUCCAGAUGGUUGGAGCCAGGAUCACCCGGAGUCCAUCAGCCCAGUUGAACGCCUGGCGAUUUGUCUCCGAUUCUUGGCGACAGGGGACUCCUACAGGACCAUAGGAUUCAGCUUCCGAGUCGGACGGUCCACGGUGGCAGGCAUUGUCCCCUCUGUGGCACAAGCCAUUUGGGACUGUCUGGUUGGUGAAUACAUGCCUGUCCCCAAGGAGGAAGACUGGAGGACAAUCGUUGCCGAGAUCCUGGAGAGCAAGGGAAGUGAUGGCGGGACCCUCCGGGACUCUGCCUUUGGCCAGGCACUUCAGGAUGGCACCCUGGAUAUUCCACCACCUGCAUCACUCCCUGGGGCUGAAGACCUGGGACCUGUUCUCUUUGUCGGCGAUGAGGCCUUCCCUUUAAGACCCAACCUCAUGAGGCCCUACGCUGGACGCCAGCUGCCAUUGCCAAAGCCUGUAAGGAUCUUUAACAAACGACUGUCCAGGGCAAGGUUAGUUGUUGAAUGCGCCUUCAGGAUUCUGGCAGCCCGAUGGAGAAUGUAUCGGAGAGUGCUUGGUCUCAGCCCCUCAAAUGUCGAUGCCUGCGUGAAGGCCACGUGUUCUCCACAAAUAACACAAAGGUUAUUUUAAGAACCAUCCACCGUUGUCCAUAAAAUUGCAUUUUUCCCCCAGAUUACUUUAUGUAUCAUUGUCUCUCUUCAUUUGGAUGCUAUAUUUAAAUGAAAUUUGGGAGUAAAGACCACACCUUAACCCCGUCCCUCUCCCAUUAACGUCAGUAUUAUACACACCUGGCAUGGUACAUCAGGUGAGCGGGAGCACUAAUUAAGGUUAUACGACAUACAGUUAGUAUGAUAACAAAGGGAAAGGGUAACCUAGGUAACCUAGGGUCCAUACAAAUAGUACAGUUUACCACCAUGUUCACUGGCCUGACAAAAUACAGGUGGGAAAAAAAUGAAUUAGGAAGAGAACUUUUACUUUAAUCUUUUCUUAGAUCAGCAAAGGUGUUGGGAAGAAAUAAGCAGAUUAAGUCUAAAUUAGAUAUUAAUAAACAACUGACUAUGAAAACAUUAUAAUUUAAUAAGUAUUCAAGUACAGGAAAGAACAUGACAAGAACAACAGUGCGUUGUAAAAAUGUUUAAACAAAUAAAACUAUUGAAAGA